CUGUUGUGUUGUACCUUUUGUUAAUUCUUUUGUUGUAUUCCUUCAAAAAAGUUGAAAAUUUUAGCUCAGAUUUAGCUUAUUUAGAUGUGUGCUGAAAUACCCAUUUCUCAAAUCUCUGAAAUGUCACUCUUUAACUUAAAAGUUCAUCCACUUCAUAUGAUUUUAGCUUCUGGGUUCAUCGUUCUUACUUAAUUUAGGGUUCCCAGCAAAUUCCCCUUUUUCAUCCUACAUGGAUUACAGUAGAGAAAACGUAGUUCAUGUAAUUCAGACAAAUGGACCUGAUAAUUGGGUCCCGAAUUCGAGUGAUCCUUCGGUUUGGGCAACGGAAGAAGAUUACCGUGCUUGGUACAGCCAAGAAACCCCCGCCGACACACCUUCAAACUCCAGCUACGACCAAAGACAACCUCAAUCCCUGUCUGAGCAGCCACCAAGCAAGAAACCACGAAAUUCCCAGGAGUUGAAUUCCGGUUCCAGGUCCAGAGCCAUGGGCAAAAUGUUCUUCAAGACCAAGCUUUGUUGCAAGUUCAAGGCCGGCACUUGCCCUUACAUCUCGAAUUGUAACUUUGCUCACAGCGCCGAGGAGCUCCGCCGGCCGCCGCCUAAUUGGCAAGAAAUCGUGGCUGCUCACGAAGAAGAGAAAGGGGUUUCCUCGGAGCCGCCGAGGGAAGAAUUCCAAAUCCCUUGUUUGGGGUCUACGAGUUUCGCAGGAGAAACUCAGAGGUCUUACAAAGGGAGGCAUUGCAAGAAGUUUUACUCGGAGGAAGGGUGUCCUUAUGGUGAUAGUUGCACCUUUUUGCAUGACGAGCAGUCGAAGAAUCGGGAGAGUGUAGCUAUAAGCUUGGGGCCCGGAGGGUGCGGCGGUGGCAGCGCCGGCGGAGGUGGUGGUGGUGGGAAUGGAUCGAAUACGAAACCGACGAAUUGGAAGACACGGAUUUGUAAUAAGUGGGAACUUACUGGAUACUGUCCAUUUGGAAACAAAUGCCAUUUUGCUCAUGGAGCUGCAGAAUUACACCGAUAUAGAGGUGGCCUCGCUGAUGCAGAAACAAAGGAUUCUUCUUGUGCUACCCCUACCGACUCGAAGCAAGGGGGAGGAGGAAUGCCCUCAAAAGCUCCUUCCGAUGCUGUGUCGGUUCCCCCACUUCCACUUUCUGAUGUUUAUCACUCACAGAGGAUAUCAAUCGUACUCCAAAGGCCUGGACAAAGAACACUUCAGAAAUGGAAAGGUCCAGAUAAAAUCAGCCUUAUAUAUGGUGACUGGAUCGACGACAUUCAGUAAACUCACUUCGUUUAAGCACCAAGAGAGUAAACAAAGCAACACAAACCCAGGAAAGACGAUGACAUUCAACAAACUCACUUCAUUUAAGCACCCAGGGACGAAACAGAGCAACACAAAACCCGGAAAAGAUGAGCCUUUUUGUGGGAGAGUGAAUAGUUGAGAGAUUUAUAGGACAGUACGCCCAUGUAUCGCAUCGGGGAAACCUUUCUCUUUGCUCAUUUCAAUUUCUUAGCUGCAGAAUUUUUAUGUAUGAAUCAAUACUCCAUCCAUGGUGUAGACUCUGCCCUUGUUAUCAAAUACCCUUUUUUUCUAAUACAAAAA